AUGAAGUUCUAUCUCUGCGUUUUGGCCCUAAGUUUGGAGGCGUGCUUUGCUGCCCCAGGCCUGGACCCUGCUUUGGAUGAUCACUGGGGCAUGUGGAAAUCGUGGCAUAACAAGAAGUACCAUGAGAAGGAGGAAGGCUGGAGAAGAAUGAUCUGGGAGAAAAACCUGAAGAUGAUUGAAUUGCACAACCUGGACCACAGCCUGGGCAAGCACAGCUACAGACUGGGAAUGAAUCAUUUUGGAGACAUGACAUCAGAAGACGAGCCGUCCGAGAAAGAUGCCUUGCAGCCUGGGCGCAACAUCGUCGCAGCCGGCUAUGCUUUGUACGGGAGUGCAACCUUGGUAGCCCUUUCCACGGGGCAAGGGGUGGACUGCUUCAUGCUGGAUCCGGCUCUCGGCGAGUUCAUUCUGGUGGAAAAAGACGUAAAAAUAAAGAAGAAAGGGAAAAUCUACAGCCUCAAUGAGGGCUAUGCGAAGUACUUUGAUCCUUCAGUGACAGAGUAUUUACAAAAGAAGAAAUUUCCUGAGAGGAAUCAAAAGCUCUUUUGA